UGCUCGCGAACUUCUCCGCAGCAACCAUCCGAGUGAUCUUUAUAUGGAACGCUGCCUUUUUCUUACCAACUCGUAUUCAUUGCACUUUCUCAAAGGAUUAUAAACUACAUAAAGUGUAUCACCACCACCACAAGAAUCACUUUUUUAUCACCAAAAUGUUCAUUUUUGGGAUCAUUUUGCUGCUUUUCAGCACAACACGUGGUCAAGAAUACUUUCGAGAGCCUGAAAAAAUAAUUAGUGAAUCAAGAAAUGUUGGAGAUCGUCUUGGCCAGUAUUCGGUGAGUUAUGAAACUGAUGGUGGAAUCUUACAAAAAGAAAUUGGCAGUCGAAAAUACGCUGGUACGGCUGAUGAAACUCAGUUAAUUCAAGGAUCAGUCCAGUAUAAUGCACCUGAUGGUACUCCAGUAUCAUUAAGUUGGACUGCUGAUGAAUUUGGAUCACAAAUUGUUGGUACACAUGUUCCAACACCUCCACCAAUACCACCAGAAAUUCAACGAGCACUAGAAUGGUUAGCUAAACAACCCUCUACUACUGAAGAAUCUUAUGACGAUCAAACUGAACGUCCAAUUCAACAAGUAAGACCAGCUGCAUCAACUGAAAAAAAAUCCUCCAAAGAUCCUAAAUUCAGAAGUCAGUUUAAUAAGCCGUUAUAGAUUAAUUAAUAAAAAAAAAUUUUUAGUUUUUUAAAAAAGUCUUAAUAAUUUAAAUUACUAUUCAUUUUUUUUUUUUUUUUUAUAAAUAUUUGUUUAAUUUCAAUUUUAAAAAUUGAAUUUAGUAAUCAAAUGAGUGCUACUCAUAUAUUAUUACGUAAGUAUUAUAUUAUAUAGAUUACAAAAAACUUGUCGAGAAAAAUGUAAAGAAUUUGUUAUUUUUUUUAAUUUCAAUAAAAUGUAUGUCAUGUCGAUA